CUCAGAGGAAUAUUUUUCGAAGCAUUAUGUCUCAUAUUGCAGUGGAGAGGAAUAGGAGAAGGCAGAUGAACGAACAUCUCAAGGUGUUGCGUUCAUUGACUCCAUGCUUCUACAUCAAAAGGGGAGACCAAGCAUCUAUCAUUGGAGGAGCAAUAGAGUUCAUCAAAGAAUUACAGCAGGUUCUACAAUCCCUUGAAGCCAAAAAACAAAGGAAAAGCCUGAGCCCUACACCAAGCCCCAAGCCUCAACUACUCCCAUUAUCAUUGCCUCAGCCAGUAGACUCUCCUCACGAGAACUCUAAGGAGCUCAGCGUGAGCUGCAAUACUCCGAUUGCUGAUGUCGAGGCCAAGAUCUCAGGAUCUAAUGUUAUUCUUCGAACUGUUUCUAAGCGCAAACACGGGCAAGUUGUGAAGAUUAUAGAUGUUCUUGAGAAACUGAGCUUUGAGAUUCUUCACCUCAAUAUUAGUAGCAUGGAGACUACUGUGCUCUACUCCUUCGUUAUCAAGAUUGGACUCGAGUGCCAGCUUAGUUUGGAAGAGUUAGUUUUUGAAGUCCAACAAACCUUUGAAGAAGUUAUUGUAUUCUAAAGUGCGAGGAUCUAUAUUUGUCAUGAAUAUACUGUAUCCUGCUAAUAUAUGCAUGUUUUAAAACAUUAAUAUUGUAUUCUAA